AUGAAGUGGCGUGAAGAUUUGCAUUGCGGACAAGGCGACAGUCCUGAAUGCGACCCUGGCAGUGACUUCCCAUGCUGCUCCUCGGAAAACCGGUGCGGCAACACUGCGGCCCACUGUGACUGUCUGGUCUGUGUAGACUACAGGAACACAGGGAUUUGUACCAACGGAACCACCAUUGACAAGGCCCAAGUAUGUGACGGUAGAAACGACUGUGGGGACAAUACGGACGAACAACACUGCUCCCUUUCUGCCUGUGACAAUGGCGGACUGUUCCACCCGUUUGCUCGAUGUGACGGCAGAGAUGACUGUGGAGACAACAGUGAUGAGAAGAACUGUGAUUGUUACUACCUACACGACAAAGGGGCAAGCUACAGGGGCCGUGUAAACCAACAACACUCCUGUCAGUACUGGACAUCUCAGUACCCGCACGCCCAUAACCACACUCCCGAGGCCUACCCGUCAGCAGGGCUGGAGCGGAACUACUGUAGGAACCCGGACGGGAAGGACAGGCCGUGGUGCUACACCAACAACCCAGCAAUCAGGUGGAUGUACUGCGACAGGGUGUCCGCAUGUGACGAGUUACCAACAAGCUGCUUCUUCACUAGCGAUAAGGGAAGGAGCUACUCAGGGCGCAAAAAUAGGGCAGGAGACCGGCUGUGUCAGAGAUGGGACUCCCAGUCCCCCCACACCCAUCCCCACACACCGCAGGCUCAUCCUGAUGCGGGGCUGGAGGAAAACUUCUGCCGUAACCCUGACAACAAGGCCCGGCCCUGGUGCUACAUCACGGACGGGACGGAGACGUGGGACUACUGCGACGUGACGGAAUGUCCUGACCCCACGUCUAUAUCCUGUGAAGGACAGUGCGGGAUGAGUUACAGUGAAUUUUUCUUGUGUCAGUGUGACCAGGACUGCAGCUUUUUCAGCGACUGCUGUAAAGACAUUGGAUUUCAAGGAUUUUAUCCUAUCUCGUUAACUCAUCUGUUCAACUUUAACGCUGAUGAGAGUCCCCAAAACAGCCCUCAGCAUUGCCCCCCAGACUCUUUAUACGACCCCUUUGUAGACUCCUGUCGAUCUCUCUCGUCCCUAAGUCACGGCUCUUCGAACAAAACUUUCCAUCUGCAAAACUGCAGCAGACCCAUUCUGAAUUUCACAUCCGAAGAGUUCGAAAUCCUUCCCAAUGGCAGUGUCCGCCUGUUGAGUUCUAACGUGACAUGCCCAGCUGAGCAGGUGGCCAUUCUGAACACAGAAGCGUCAGUCUGUGGGGACUGCCUACUGGAGUAUUUUUCGAACGACACGCUCCAAACCUCGGACCCUGUCCAGCACUGGUUAACCCUGGGUCUUGUGGUAGUGUCUGACAUAGCCGUGUCUGGUUUUGUGGUUCACACUUACAGGUCAGGCCAGUGGAAAAAAGUCCCGGAAAAGCUGAAGGUGCAGAUGAUGACAUGCAUGGCAGUUGCCGUAACCCAGUUUGUUGGACGUGUGUUCCUCUCUCCCGGUCCAGGCUGUACAGUUUAUGCAAUACUUCUACACUACUUUAUUCUGACGGCCUUCACAUCCAUGAACGUGCUAGCUGUAGAUCUGUUCCUUACAUUUCGUGAGGAUUUAGAAAGAGCCGAACUGUACAAGUACGUCUUGUACACUUGGCUGGUGCCGGUGCCUGUAGUCCUUGUCACAGUGAUUGUAGAGUUCGGCAGUUCUGUCAGGGUGGGUUAUGGAGAGCAGUGUUGGAUCGGCAAUCCAACAGCCAGUCUGGUGGCAUUUGGAGUUCCUGUCCUCUGUGCCCUUAUGGUCAAUUUUGUCUUCAUUACUCUUGUUUUGCUGGCCAUACGGAAGUCCUUUCAGAUAGCCAGCACUGCUUUGCCACGCUCAGAGAUCAGCAAGAUCUGGGUCUACAUACGUAUCUCGUUUCUGGCGGGGUUCACCUGGAUUUUGGGAUUCAUUGUCCCUUUCGUCAAGAUCACAGUUCUCGACUACAUCUUUAUUGUGCUGAAUUCUUCUCAAGGCCUGCUGCUGACCCUGUUUCUGACAAUGACGGGGGAGGUGUUGGAGAAAUGGAAGUAUGCGAUCAUGGUGCGCCUGGGUCUGAUCGAAACUGACGAGGACAAUGGACAAGCCACCGCUACCAGCAACCGGCGGGCCAUGGGCGGGAGAACUGAGGCGACAGCCGCAGGUGGAACCGGCUCGGCUAUAGAGAUGACAGUCAUGGCCGAUGUAGAGGAGAACAGGACACGCCAUCGUGUGGGCAAGCCUCGUCAGGACAAGGGGCGGAACGCAACUGCCAGCAACCAGCCUACCACCGCAGGGGAAACUGAGGCAAUGGCAGAUGAAACUGACACUGAAGGCAACUUGCAGACCCUCGCAGGUGGAGUUGCGGCUACAGCAAGCGGCACUGACGUUGCUACUGAGAUACCCAUGAAAACCUUCGUCGAUGCUGAAGACAACCAGGCUGAAGACAGGCGUUCGGCCUGCGCUGAAGAUGGAGAGGAAAAUGAGACCGGUAUCUGA